GACUGCGCGUCCCUUGUUUUUUUAUUUUCCAAGAGAAGGAUUCUAUCGCGUGUGUUUGAUAGGGUUUUAUUGCCUUGCAAUGCGUUCUACCCUUUUUCGUCACAACAUUAUAAAGGAAUAUACAAAUAGCUGUGUGAUUACUCUUGAGAAAGAAUUUUAGAUUCCGAGUAUUGGAAACAGACAAACUAUUUACUAUCGGCUAUUAAUUAAUUCGUGGACGCCUACUGGAAUUUGAAGUUUCAAUAAAAAAACAAUCUACGAGUGUGAGGAAAUAUUUUCGUUUAACGAAUAAAUUCCUCUCGCGCGAGAGUGACAUUUACUCGUGACAGACGACAAAAUAUGACGGAAACGAAAAUGAACAAUUUAUUCGCGCCGUAUCGGGAAUUAAUUAAAAUCAAGUCGACUUUCGUAUCUUGUUGCCCCGAGCCGGCAAUGUGGAGGCUUUGAAGCUUCUCAGCCUCUAUGAAAUUUAAAUUAGGUGUCGUUGCGUUUAGAUCGUAGCGAUCGAUAGGAAAACCACGGAGUUACGUCCAGAAUCCCGGCCAUAAUUACGAUAACGCUUAAUGCGGACGGAUGUAAGGAAAAUGCGCUACGACGGCGGCGGCGGCGGCCUUAUCGGCACAAUCGCUCCUAUUAGCAAAGUUCUCAUCAAGCGAAUCCAUUGCCGAUAUUAUGCACCGUCACCGUCAUCCCUGUCACUGUCAUUAUAUCGCUGCACGGUAUCUCGAGUAUCCCAUCUGCCUGUGCAUGACGACAAAGAGAGCCAUUAUCACUCGUUGCGUUUAUCAUCGUCUAUCCUACAGUUGGCAUGCGCUAGCAUAUAGACACGUCUCGCCCGGGAACGCACGAUGCCUAUCACUUCUCUUUCUCUCACGUUUUUCACGCAUGCAUACGCGCGCAUCGCACGCACGAACGCAUACGCGUGCGUGGAAAUGUCAUAUACAGAAAGCGCGCAUUUCUCGAACGUAAAACCUGCACUCUCAUGACGACUGAGGAACAAUUCAGCCGAUUGUUUGUUUGGAAAGCGGAGUAAGUCUAGUGGGGCUUGUUACAAUUGAUAUGCCCUAUCAACUUACGCAAUUGUAUAAUUGUUGAACGUUUAAAAUUAAAAUUAUAAAAACGUCUUAAUUAAGUUAUUCUUACGCUCUUGAAAAGUUCUAUUGUUCGCGUAUCGUAGAACGCAAGUUUCCAAACAAACUCUCAUUUCGAUCGAACGAACGGACGAUUUCAGACUGGAGCAACUGGACGAAAAAGGAAUUAAACUCGUAUAAAUCUCUGUCGACGAGAUUAUCUUGAAUAUUAAAAGCACAGCUUUGCUUGGCUUACAGGUCGGUGAUCGGGUCUACGGGUGUGCUCGUGAGAGCAGGAAAGGGGAAAAGGGGAAGAUAAGAUCGGGGGUGAGAACGCUCUUCGGGGGUAGGGUGAUAAAAAAAAAGUGUAAGCACAAAAGCACGAAACGGGGCUUGGGGCGAACGAAACGGGAAACGGUGUCCCUAGCCGGUCGUGUGGUAUGAUCGGGAGAAAAGGUUGAGAGGCAACAUGCUCACGAUACAGCGCUCGGAAUUGCUAAGAGGGGGAGAAGGCUGCAACCCUCCCGGCACGCAUUUACUACCCCCCGUUGCGCCCAGGGCUUCCGUCUCCGAGCCCGGCGAGAGGAGCGUCUCCUUCAAUCGAGACGUCCACGUGAAGAGGAUCGGACGUGGUGCACCGCGCGUAACCGCGGCUCUCGUGGGCGAUGGAGAAGGUAGGUUGAUCGCCACCCCGGUCCGCAAGGAGAACAUCGCCCAGAAGAGCAAGGAGGAUCUCGCACAGGAGGCGGCCCUGGUCCUGCAGCAAGCGGGCAGCCUUCACUGCGUGGCGCACGACAAUCGACGCCUGCCCGGUCGCUUCAGCACCCUGCCGGCGCGUCGCAACAAGAAACGUCCCGACCUGCCGAUCGAUGUGAGAUCCCGCCGCGGUAGCGAGGAGAUCGGCGCUACGACCGCGAAUGCGGACCUCGACACACCGCGGGCCAGGAAGAAACCACUGGAGAGGAGCGCCAGCGAUGCCAGCGCGAAGAAGCUGAAGGCUUCGCUCGCACGAUUCUUCUCGCCGAGUUUGGAGAGGCGCCGAAAGCCGGUCGGCCGUAGCGCGAGCGACGCGGGCUCCUGGACGCGCAGCGGUGCGCAACGCAAGCGGAGCGGCAGCGAGAGCGAGGGCUCGCACCUGAGUACCGUCAGCCAGCGAGAGAAAAAGCAGCUAUCGCCGAUAAUCGAGUCGUCGCCGCACGUCAAUCAGCAGCCGUUCCACUUUGGCACCGCGACCGCGGAUCGCGAGAACAACAAUCGACCGGAGCCGAAGAAGCCCAAGAAACAGGAGGAGCGAACGAGUCCAACUAUCGAUGUCGACGAGGUGAUAUCGCGAGGCGACAUCGAGGCGAGAGAGACGAUCGAGGAGACGACCGAAGUACGCACCGACGAGCCCGCCAGUAGAUCGUCCAGCCGAGAGGCCAAGGUGAUCGAGCAUCACAUAUUCGUCGAGGGUAGAGACGACGAAGAGAAGAAAGAGACCGAUCAAAAGUCCGCGGGGACCAGCCGUACCCCGUCGCCUCCGAAGGAAUCGAAACACGGGGGAGACGAAGUCGACAAAGCGGGCAUGCUACACAGCAGUCGCUACGAUCUUCAGAAACGCAACAACGGAGAGUCCACUAUUCACAAGAUGAUCCACCGACUGUCCAACGACCGUUCACCGCCGCCGCAGUUGACCAGGACGAUGAUGUCGCCGUCGCCGGGAUUCGGUCACAACAACAAUCGGCCGUUCUCCUACACCAGACCAAACGACUCCUGUAGCCCGCCGCCGCUGGCGCAGACCAACGUGAUUUACGCGCAAGUGCAGCCGGACAAGAAGAAGGCCCAGCGGAGCCAUUCCGACAGCGACGAGGGCCUCGGUCUCGAGAGGAAGGACUCCUCUCGCGAGAACAGUCCCGCGGAGAAGGAGUACCGCAGGACCGACUACUCGUACAGCAAUGAUCUGCGUCGCAAUAAUGAGAUCAACGCCUUCAAGUCGAGAUACGAGGAAGACCGCAAGAGUAGCAGCCCCUUCAGCAAACACUUGGGCGGCUCGAAGGACUUCAUCACGAGGACCACCGAAACCACGAGGCGUCACGAGUUCGACGAGAUCGACAGGCGUCUCUAUGACAAACCUGAAAAAUACACCUCGACCGUGUUCGUGGACACUUCCGGACGAGGUAGGGCCGACGGUAUGGAUGCCAGACGACGGGACAGCGGCGAGCUGUCCUCGAGGCAGAACGAGAGCGGGAUCUCGCAUAAAACGUCCGAAUUGAGCGCCCGGCGAGAUCUGCUGGAGUCCAGGAUCAAGUCGAGGCUGCUGGCCGACGAGAUGUUCGCCGCCAAGAACAGCGCGAACGUGCCGGUAAAGAAGUCGAGCGAGCACGAGAUAAUCGACAAGCCGAUAGUGCCGUCGCCAGUCACGCCGAAUCGGAUCGCGUCGCCGAAACGAUACAUGGACACCUACAUCACGGAGACGCGCACCAACAGCAACGGCGAGAAGUACAUCUUCGAGAAGGAGAUACACGAGGACAACGGCAAGGUGUACGGCUACGAGAAAAAGAUCACCAACAAACUCCCGACGAACGGCUACCUCGACACGAAACCGAAGAACGGUUAUACCGUGGAAACCAAGACGGACAAAUACGGCGAUAAGUACAUCGUGGAAACGCGAACGCAUGAGGGUUACACCGACGAUUUCAAGCCGUUUCUCAGCGAUCGGAGCCGAAGCAGCCCCGAGGAGAGAUUUCAGACCACCAGAAACGGCGGCAGCCCGUACAAGUCCCCGCAUUAUCUGCCUGAGGGAACCUCCACGACGACAAAUCACUUCCGCAGCGAGUCACGAGAGAACGAUGAGCUGUCGUCGCCGAUCAUCGCCAAAAAAUUGAACGAGCGCAAGUUCUCGAAGAGCGACGAUUUCCUGGACCGCGACAGCCGGCCGAUCAAACGGGACGCGUAUCUGCCGAAGACGAAGAAGCCCUUCGAGUCGAUCCGCGGUAUGAGCAAGUCGACGCAGCGGUUGGACGAGGUCGGUGAGAACGCGAGGGUGCGAGCGCUCAGGAGCGAGUACACCACGAGGUCGCACGAGAAUUUGAGCAGCCGCCCGGGUUACGUUAGUGCGCGAGACAUGAGACGCCCGACCGCGUUGUUAGAUAGCCCGACGAUAAACGGGCGCAAAGAGAGAUCGCCGUUCGCGAAGCAUCACCUGGACAGUCUGCGCGAGGGCCCGAACGACGACUACGACACCGAUAUCUCGCAGAUGACCAGCAGCCAGCUGGAGUCCAAGUUCUACAAGGAGACGCGCACCACGCAGAGGUACACGAGCGGCAACAAGCAUCCGAUCCACGACGAUUACGACAGCUCGCCGCCGCGGAUACGCACCGAUCGCGGCGGUUACAAUUCCAGCCGAUACGACUCGGACACCACCGCCAGGGACUCGAUACGUUGCGAGACCCGCUACGACGAUACGCGCGCCACGAGGAAGGAGCAUCGCAAGCUGGACGACGAUCCGAAGAAACCGUUGAGACGAUCGCGCAAUCGGCUGGACUACUUCGACGAUUCCGACAGUCCGCGCGGAAAGGUGUCGUCGGUCAGUCGCUUGGAGACGUUCACCGAGGCCCCGACCAGACCGCCUAGGACCUAUCACGAGGGCAAGUCGCGGCACGCGAGGCAGGAGGUGCGAGGACACACCGAGCGCCGUCAUCGCGAAACCAGGCUGAGCGAUCCGGAUCGAAAGGAUCGGCUGGCCGAUUCCGGGAUCGAGAACGAUUACAGGAGGGACUCGCAGGAGGCGGACAGGCGCGAGCAGCUCGAGUCCGAGGACGAGGGUUUCGUCAACCGACAGUUUAUCAAGCACGAGCGACGGCACACCGAUCGCAACAUGAACCUGACGCCGACGUCCGAGCAACGCAAGUACGACAAGUACGCGAGCGACUCGUCGUCGAAGCCGCCGCUGGUCACCGCGAAGCCGCCUUCUGGCGCCGCCGACAAGAAGUACGAGAAGAAGGCGGCGAAGAAGAGCGGCACCAUGAGCAAAGUCAAGCAGCUGUUCAGCAAGAAGGAGAAAAAGGCGAAGGAGGAGAAGAGCAAGAAGAGCGCGAGGAGCGGCAGCAGCGGCGCCUUGACCGACGACGAGGUGACCAUGAGGUAUCGGGAGUACCGCGGGUAUCAGCUGAGGAGCGCCAAGAGCGCGCGGGAUUUGGGCAGCGACAUCAAUCAGGAGGAUUAUAGUCAACGCAGACGCUUAUCGACACCUAGUGGCAGUCCGAGCCCUCCCAGACCGACCAGACUCUCGAGAUCUACCGGCACUCUCACCAGAGAGGAAGAGUCCUUCUGCGAGUCCAGCAACACCCUGACCAGGGACAACCAGGGCCAAGAGGCGGAGAGGAAGGGCUGGUUCAAGUCCCUCUCGAGGAAGAACAAAUCCAAUGCUGCACCGGUGGAUAAAAAGCCGAGAAUACCCGAGAGCGAGAUCUUGACGACCGGCACCGAGGAUGAGGAAGCUUCCUCUGCGCCUGAACGAGUUUCCGUGCAAAAGAAUCUCCGCUUCUUCGGCGAUACGGAUCAGGAGUCCGUCUCGUCCAACAGAGACCGCAGAAAUAAACGAAUUGACGACCACGCCCGCUCGAGGCAUGAUGUCACGAAUUCGAAUCGCCAUUUGGGUAUUAUAUCAGCCCCAAGAAAAUCUUCGAGACUCGCUGAAAGCGCAUUGUCUUCGGGCGAGAGUACAACGGGCGAUAGCAGCCAGCAAAGUCAAAACUCUCAGAGAUCGCAAAGAUCUGUCGUGUAUCUUCAUGCUGCUACAGUCGGCGAAAUACCAGGCCCGAACGAACGACGCCGGGCGGCGAGUCGCGAGGAGUUAAAUCGACCGUUGCAAUCGCACACGAGAACGGUGUCGAGGAGCGUGAGCGUCCUUGCUCCGUGGAAGCCGCGACAUUAUAGGGAACCGUUCGAGAUCAACUACGAUCAGCAACAGCACGCGAAACCGAUCGCGACCAUGAGACGCAGGCAACGAAGCCGCGAAACCCUCAGCCGCCGAGGAAAGGAAGCUCGGCGAAGCAAGGACAAUCUUUCUAAGACAAGUACGAUCAAUCGCAGCACGUUAAAAUCGAAGGACAAGCAGAAAGUGGAUAGAACCGUUUCCACGGAAUCGCUGGCCACCAAAUCGCGAGGCAUAGGCUCCAAGGUGGAGCUGAACAGAUCCACGUCCGUGCCCCGUGACCCGAACAAGAGCGCGGGAUGGUUCAAGCUGAAGAGCAAGAAGUCCCGCGCCUGAAUUGGGCGGCCAUUGAUCAAUGCUAGUCUCGAGUUUCAUAAGUGUAAUUCGUAAUUUCGUAGGCGAUUAAUAGGUGUCGGAUAUCCGACGCGCGCUGAUUAAUAACGACGCGACUUAUCGAUAAUAUACACCUUUUAACACGCACGUCGCGCGAAUGUCGAUCGCGACCGCGCGAGUUUUUAAUUUUUUUUUUUUUUUUUCCUAACCGAGUAGCAUACGAUUGCGGUAACGACGUGUAAAUCAACUUGCUGUCAACACGUUGAUCGAUUUCGCGACUUCAUGGAAUUUCUGCGCUACCUAAGACACAAAGUUUUAAUCCCCGCAAUAGAUACAUAUAUACGUAACAGAAUAAAAACAAUUAUCCAAAUAUUCAUAGGCGCACGCGAAGAAGCUUCGAACCUCAGUUAUUCGUCAAAUUAAUUAUCUAUUGUUAUACUCUUCGCGCAUUAAAUAAAUAACGUUCUUCAAAACAAGGAAGAUUAUGGUCGAAUGUAAACUCUUGAGAAGUGUAAUAUUAAAUACGAAUACGAAUUCUGAUUAUUCUAAAAUGAAAAGAACCUUCUCAAUAUGUCGAAUAUAUGUUGCAUUACUUUAAUAGCUUUCUCUCUGCCAAAUUUAACGGAUUAAAUUUGUUGCGAAUGACGAGAAUGCGUUUAUAAUAUAUCGUGAAUUAACAUUUCAUUGUGUGUUAACUUUUUGUUCCUCCUUCGGGACUCGACAAAAUAUGCUUUUAUCUCAUUCGACACUUUUCAUACUUUCACGUAAAUAAAUCCCAUGUGCGUUGUGCAUCUCAUGAAAAAUUAACGCGUCACUUUAUUCUACCGUGAAUCAAAGUGCCAUCUUCAUUUUUCUACAUUCCUAUAGUGUAUACACUCCUCGUUAAUGAAUCAAAAAUCCCCCCCCCCCCCGAUAAUAUAUAUUCCGUAACGAACAAUGUAAACUUUCUUUAUACAAACGCUAGUGUGAUGAAGAAAUUCAAGAAAAAAUAUUUUCCAAAUUUUAUCUCGACAUGUAAAACGGGCAGUUACGUAUAGCGAUAUCUACUGAACGUUUCCCCUAUGCAUAGAUCAAUCUCGUCUUUGCAUGCUUAUUGUAUAUAUAAACACUUGUGUUGAUAAUCAUAAUUCUUAAUCUAUUUUUACUAGGAGACCUUUUGUGUUUUCAUUUAAAUAUAUAUAUAUAUAAAUAUAAUUCUUGUCUCUGUACAUUCAUGGAUCACAGAUUACACAUACACUGUUGCGAAAUUUCCACGUUCGAGAGACACCUUCGUCACUUUUGAUAACAGUGUAGAAGAAAUAUAAAACGCGCGACGCUAGACAUUAUCUGUUGUAUACUGUGAUACGCUUUUGCGUGUGGACAAAGAAACAAGUUAAAUAUGGCGACAUAGUCACCCUGCACCAUAAUUACUACUUCAUUUCCUACCCGGUGCUAUUCUACGUGUGUGUGUGUACAUAUGGAUCAUUAAACGAUAUGCAUGUAAAUAUCAUGAAUAUAUAUCGACGACAUUGUACGGAAUUACGAAUAAAACUCAUUACCUAUUAACACAGACAUUGCUCCUCUUUGUAAGAUUGCGUUAAACGCAGAAACCCGAGAACGAGUUAUAUCUUGUAACAAGAUUAAUAAACGCAAUGAUAUAAA